AUGCAUCACGGGCAAGCUGGUAGCGCAUUUGUCGAUAUCUGCAACAAUAUAUUUCACACUUAUUUCCGAAACAAGCUGUUGAGGGAGGUAUUGGCGAACUACGUCAAUAUAAUCGAAGAUAAAUGUACAGACACAAAUACUAAUAAACGGAAAUAUCAUGCUUGGCAGAAGGUUUUUGAAAGGUUCAAUGAACUCAACGUAAGACAACGGGCAUUAGUGGAGCUUAAACAAAAGUGGCGAAUGAGCAAAGUAGAUGCCAAAAAAAUAAUACAAAACAAAACUGGUUGUGGCAGACCACCGAGUCCAGGUGAAGACACCAUUAACUUGGUAAAACUGCUGCCACUGGUGGACUAUAACCAAUUUGAUAGUGAUGCAUCGAAAAUAGUAAGUGCCACUGUUAGUAGAGUCUACGUCACAUCUGUGGAUACACACGUCCACUCUGCUCAGUUGCAAUAG